ACGUGGGGAGGCGGCCGGCAGGCUCCCCGGCGGCCCCCAGGAUGCCAGAGGCCAGGAGCUCCGGCCAGGACCUCAUGCGAUGGAAGAAGAAGCAGCCGGUGCGCCGCACGGUCAGCCAGAUCUGCCCGCCCCCGCGGCGGCCCCUGACCCUGGCCGACAUCCGGCCGGGCAUGGAGAACGAGAGGCUGGGGGUCGUGCGGGACUCCAUGUUUCAGAACCCGCUCAUCGUCAAGGCUGAGCUUGGCAAGCCCCGGGAAAGGAGCUGCAGUCUGCCUGGUGUCGAUUUCAACUACGGACUCUACAUCCGGGGGCUGGACGGAGGGGUCCCCGAAGCCCUUGGACACUGGAACGUGUUUAAGCAGCAGCCCACCUGCCCCCACGAGCUGACGCGGAAUUACAUCGCGAUGAACCGCGGGGCCGUGAAGGCUGGCCUGGUGACUGCCCGGGAGAACUUCCUCUACUGUCGGUUCAAUGACAUCCGCAUCAGUGACCAGGAUGACCGGCGCCUGAAGAAGGAGCCGCCCUCUCUCCCUCCAGACAUGACAUUUGGGAUCCCGGCACGGCCGUCGACGCCUUUCUUUGAUCUGCUGCAGCACCGGUACCAGCAGCUGUGGGUCCAGGAACAAAAGGCCACCCAGAAAGCCAUUAAACUGGAGAAAAAGCAAAAGGUGAUCCUGGGCAAGCUGUACGAGACCCGGAGCAGCCAGCUGCGCAAGUGCAAGCCGCCCGCGAGGCCGGACGCCCUCUGGCGUAUGCCCCACUUCCAGAAGGUGGGCCGGCAUCUCGAUACGUUCCCCACCGAGGCAGAUCGCCAGAGGGCGUUCAAAGCCCACCGGGAAGAGCACGCCGUGCGCCAGGGCACCCUGCGGAUGGGCAACUACACCCACCCCUAG